AGAAAACAAAGCUUUUCUGGGCCCAUUAUUUCGGAGUGACCAUACUAAACCCUAACCUCGUUCUCUUAUAUUGUUUUCCAUACAAUACCAUUUUCUCAGUUGGCGCACUCCAAUCCUCCGCUGCUCCAAAUCUUCCAAGUUUCAUACUAAGAAGCUUCAGCAAGGAUGGGUCGUGUACGCACCAAGACUGUGAAGAAGUCAUCAAGACAGGUAAUUGAGAGGUACUACUCGAAGAUGACCUUGGAUUUCCACACGAACAAGAAGAUAUUGGAGGAGGUUGCCAUAAUUCCUUCAAAGCGUCUCCGCAACAAGAUUGCCGGGUUCUCCACUCACCUUAUGAAGCGAAUUCAGAAGGGACCAGUUAGAGGCAUCUCCCUGAAAUUGCAAGAGGAGGAGCGUGAGAGACGUAUGGACUUUGUCCCUGAUGAGUCUGCCAUUAAGACUGAUCUGAUUGAGGUCGACAAGGAGACCCUUGACAUGCUUUCAGCCCUUGGCAUGGCUGAACUUCCUGGUGUUGUCAAGCAAGCUGCAGAACCACAAGCAGUAGCAGCUACUCUCCCAACCUUUGGUCGUGGUGCUGGCGGUUUUGGCAGGAAAUACUAAGUCCACAAUAUAAGAUGUGAACAAAUUUAAAAUGAAUGUUUUUGGUAGACUACAUGUUUUAGAUAUUUCCCUAAUUUUGUUCAAGGAUUGUUAAGACCAAGUUUAUGUUAUUUAGUUUUGAGUGAUGAUGGUUGAACUCUUGAA